UUCAGAUUGCAGUAAUGAGUGAACGAUACAGCUUCUCGCUAACAACUUUCAGCCCAUCAGGAAAGUUGGUUCAAAUUGAGUACGCAUUGGCUGCUGUUAACGCGGGAGCACCUUCUGUAGCGGUUAAAGCACGCAACGGAGCUGUAAUCGCUACUGAGAAAAAUUUCAAAUCGUGCUUAUAUGACGAGCACUCAGUGUACAAAGUUGAGCAAUUGAGUAAGUCAAUUGGCAUGGUAUACAGUGGCAUGGGACCCGACUACAGAGUUUUGAUUAAGGCAGCUCGCAAAAGAGCAGUGUCAUACGAGCUCCUGUAUGGAGAGGAGAUUCCAACAGUGCAAUUAGUUAUGCGCAUUGCUGAAGUAAUGCAAGAAUAUACUCAAAGCGGCGGAGUGAGACCCUUUGGUGUGUCUCUGCUUGUAGCUGGCUAUGACCGUGACAGAACCAAUGGUAAAAAGGUGCCUGUUAUUUUCCAGUGUGAUCCAUCUGGAGCAUAUUUUGCCUGGAAAGCUACGGCACUAGGCAAGAACCACCUAAAUUCCAGAGCUUUCCUCGAGAAGCGAUAUCCCAAAGACACAAAAGAAGGCCUCGAACUAGAAGAUGCGAUACACACUGCUAUUCUGACUCUGAAGGAGAGCUUUGACGGACAGAUGGACCAGAACAACAUUGAGAUAGGAAUUGUAGAAGAGUCUGGCUUCCGCCGACUGGACCCUUCUGAAAUCAAGGACUACCUAGAUACCAUUUGAAUGGAGUUAUCCAUCCGGCCAAGAGAUGUGCGUUAGUGUUAUCAUUGAUAGAUCUGAAGUGAGAAUUUUAUGAUGACUGUUGUAUGAUUGAUAUUGAUAUAAUUAAUUUGAAAGACAA